AUGCAUCCGCACUUGCAUACGAAGGACAAUAUUGCCUGCGAGGAGAUCAUGACUGCCCUCGAAGAAUGCCACGCUAAAGGAUUUAUCUGGAAGUCAAUGGGCAUGUGUACCGAGACCAAAGAUAAACUCACUUUAUGUCUAAGGGCCGAGCGACUAAAGCGCACUGCAAAUAACCGACAAUCAUCCAGAGCGAAACGCGAGCAGAUCAGAAAGAUAUGGGCCGACAUCGACGAGAACUCGUAG